AUGAGUAAUGACCAUGUUACUACUCUCUCUGGUAUGCUUAUAACAUAUUCCAAAGUUUUGAACUUUUCUUCCAUGAGGAUGUCCCUCUUUCUGUAUGGUGUGACUGAAUUUUAUACUGAUCAACUGCAUCAGGGACCCAAAUAUCAAGAGAUUGUUAAUAUUCGCUUAGGGGAUGGAACUACUCGGCCUGGACAAGUUCUAGAAGUUGAUGGUGAAAAAGCUGUUGUUCAGGUUUUUGAAGGUACAUCUGGGAUUGACAAUAAAUUUACAACUGUGCAAUUCACUGGUGAGGUAUACAACCACAGAAUCCCCUGCAGUUACUUGGACAAUAUAGAGAUGAUGAAUUGGAUGAGGAAUCAAGUGAAGGGCCUAAUAAUACGAAGGUGCAGAGCCUUGUGCUCAAUGAAGAGGAAAUUGAAGAGCUUCUUAAUUUGUCCCCUGGAAAGGUUAUGCGAUUAGAGGAAGUGAUUUUUUAUAUAGGUUUAGUAAUUAUUUUUUUUAUAUAGAGUUUCAAGAAGCUUCUUGUUGACUAGAUUUCAAGUUAAAAUUGAUUGGUAAAAUAGGUUUCGAGGAAAUCGCAUGAAAAAUAUUGUUAUAAAGAAAUUUUUUAUGCACGUUUAAGAAUUCCUCUGUGUGCAUGCUCAUUUCACACAUGUAUAUAGUUUUGUUUUUCAAUUUGAGCAAAGGAUUUUUAUUUUAAUACCAUUUUAGGGGAUGA